CCCCAAACCCCAAACCCCAAAGCAGCACACCAGCAGAACCCCAUUGCAGAGAGGUGAGGCGCGCGCGCAGGCAAAAGGCGAGGUACGUACGCCGGAAAGGGGGAGCACGACCGGCCUGAGACUGCUGCGAGCGAGAGCGCGCGUCCACCACCUCCCGCCGUAUCAUUGCCCUCUACUACCUCUACGCCGCUAGCUGCCCAGGACCAUCCUACUACGUACUCUACCACCACCACCACCACCACCUCCUCCGCGCGUGCUCCCGGGCCUAGGAGCUCCGACCUCCCGCGGCUUUGCCUUUUCCACCAGAGCGAGCGCCCACCAUUCCCCUGGCGUCGCCUCUUUUAUACGGACCCGGCCUGGCUGGCUUCUUCCACGACUCCUCCUUGCCGUCGUUCUUGGAGGCGCUGCUGGACACCGCACUGUUCCCGGCGCUCCCUGCUCGCUGCUGGAGAAGGUGCUCUGGUUUCUGAGUCGACUGAUUGGUUGAUGGCAGCCUCGCGCGUCUAAGCAGCUCGCUUAGCAUUUGUGCAUCCCGCUACUACAGCUCUGCCUCGGUUCAGCAGCGGUUCUUGAGCUUCGUCGCCUCAGAAACAGAGCACCUUUGGGAGAGAUGGCGGCCUCGCAGGAGAAGCCGCAGCAGACCUUCGGCGUCCUCAGGAACGCGGCGGCGCUGCUCGACGAAAUGCAGCUCAUGGGAGAGGCGCAGGGCGGCAAGAAGGUGAUCAACUCCGAGCUCUGGCACGCCUGCGCCGGCCCGCUGGUGUGCCUGCCGCAGCGGGGCAGCCUCGUCUACUACUUCCCCCAGGGCCACAGCGAGCAGGUCGCGGCGACCACCAGGAAGAUACCCAACUCGCGCAUCCCCAACUACCCUAAUCUGCCGUCCCAGCUGCUGUGCCAAGUCCACAACAUCACCAUGCAUGCUGACAAGGACACCGAUGAAGUCUACGCACAGAUGACUCUUCAACCAGUUAAUUCUGAAAGUGAUGUGUUCCCAAUUCCAUCUCUCGGUAGUUACACCAAAAGCAAGCACCCAGCGGAGUACUUCUGCAAGAACUUGACCGCGAGCGAUACGAGUACGCACGGCGGCUUCUCGGUGCCGCGAAGAGCUGCAGAGAAGCUCUUCCCACAGCUGGAUUACUCGAUGCAGCCCCCGAACCAGGAGCUUGUCGUCCGGGAUUUGCACGACAACAUGUGGACAUUCCGUCACAUUUAUCGUGGGCAGCCGAAGCGACAUCUUCUAACAACUGGAUGGAGUCUCUUUGUUGGCGCCAAACGGCUUAAAGCAGGGGAUUCUGUCUUAUUUAUCAGGGAUGAGAAGUCACAACUACUUGUGGGCGUUAGGAGGGCGACUCGACAGCAAACAGCAUUGUCAUCAUCGGUUCUGUCCACUGAUAGUAUGCACAUCGGUGUUCUUGCUGCUGCAGCUCAUGCAGCAUCUAGCGGUGGCUCAUUUACUAUCUACUAUAAUCCUAGGACGAGCCCGUCGCCGUUUGUAGUUCCUGUAGCAAGGUACAAUAAGGCCAAUUAUAUCCAACAAUCUGUUGGCAUGAGAAUGGCUAUGAUGUUUGAGACAGAGGAGUCAAGCAAGCGUAGAUACACUGGUACAAUUGUGGGAGUUAGCGACUCUGAUCCCAUGAGGUGGCCCAACUCCAAAUGGCGCAAUUUGCAGAUUGAAUGGGAUGAACAUGGAUAUGGAGAAAGGCCUGACCGUGUGAGCAUAUGGGAUAUUGAAACUCCAGAAAACACUCUAGCGUUCCCUUCUGCAGCACUUAAUUCAAAGCGACAAUGCCUGCCUGGUUAUGCAGUACCUGGGCUGGAACUUGGAGCUGCAAAUAUGUCAUCAUUUCAGAGGGCACCAGGAAUUCCAUACGGUAACUUGCAGCACAUGCCAGCCGUUGGAUCAGAAUUGGCUAUGAUGAUGCUUCUCAAUCAAUCUGGCCAAAACCUUGGGACUCCAGUUAGCUACCACCAAUCCUCUUAUUCUAGUAUUAUUCAAAAUGUGAAGCAAAGCUACAUGCCUCCUUCAACAUUUGGUAAUUCCACUGGUUCAACAAAGAAUGAAAGCAUGCCUUCAAACGAAGCUCAGCAGCAGUUGAAUACUCUUAAGAUGCAGAGAGGUGAUCUCGAAAGCUGUGAAGCUCUGCCUGUCAUUGAUCCAAUAUCUUUUUCAGAGUUAAAUGUCGCAGCAAGAAAGACAAGAAACACAGAGACAUAUCCAAGCCAGAGCAUUUCAGAGCAGCAUGGCAAGGGUGAGCCUAGAGCCAAGACUCGUAAGAGCAAGAAAGGUUCCUCUCGCAAAGCCAUUUCAGAGAACUCUGAACUUUCUUCAGCACCUUCACGGGUUUGUGAUGACCAGCAGCAUGGUUUAGAAGGAAAUCUGCUUGAUGGCGACACUGCACAUGUUAAGCGUGGUAGUAAUGAAGAUUCAUCUGGUGCACUUACUCAGGGCAAUCUAUCUGUACAGAUGCAAGGUCAGCUGGUCGAAGAGAAUGGACUGCUAUCACCACCGAAGUUAGGAUCAUCAAUAUCACCUGACGGAGGGAAGUCAGUCAACUCAUUUCCUAACCAAGGUUGUUUUUCACAGUUCUUCGAUGGUCUGGAUUGGAUGAUUCAGCCUUCAUAUUACCAAGAAUCCAGUGGCAUUCAGUCAGUCAGUGCAUCAGAGAACAUUUUCAGCCCGUCUGCUGAUAUACCGUCCACAAUAAACACCGAUACAUUGGAGACUUUUCAGAACUCUUGCCUCUCAGACAGCUUUCCUAAUUCCAUACAGGACUUCAUCGGCAGCCCGGAUCUGAACUCACUUACAUUUUUGUCACCUGAUAUGCAAAAUUUCGAUGUCCACCAUGACGGAAGCAACCUUCCAAGCACAUCCAACUCAUAUGUACAAAUGAGCUUUUCUGAAGAUAGUGGAACUCAGAUGGAGUCGAUCCAGAGAAGCAUGAAUAACACCUCAUGCUCUCAACCACAGACUACCGAUGGCUUUGACUUGGGGAUGUACUCUAGGCUGCCAAGUCUAAAAGAAUCUCAAGUUUUGUCUCUGCCAGAAAUCCAUAACAGUUCCAGGGGAACAUCAGUUUGCAGCAUGGAUGCGACAACCGAGUACAGCAUGGAGCGAAGUGGAAAGCCUAUGAAACCACCGGUGCGGACAUACACAAAGGUUCAGAAGCUAGGAUCCGUUGGAAGAUCUAUAGAUGUGACACGGUAUAGAGAUUACCGUGAGCUGAGAUCAGCCAUCGCAUCCAUGUUUGGACUCCAGGGGAAACUUGAGCAUCCUGCUAGUUCAGAUUGGAAGCUUGUAUAUGUCGACUACGAAAACGAUGUCCUUCUCGUCGGUGAUGAUCCAUGGGAAGAAUUCAUCAACUGCGUCAGAUGCAUCCGGAUCUUAUCGCCAUCAGAAGUGCAACAAAUGAGUGAGAAUGGCAUGCACGUCCUGACUGACUGCAUCCAAACAGACCAGUAGGAUCACCACUAUCCUUGAUGUGCCUGCAAAUCAAAAUAAAGCAGUGGUUGAUUAAGCUAGAGGUGUAUUUUGGAUACGAUGCCUUAGUUAACCGUAGGCUGAUUUACUGACAGUGUAUUUGGUAGAGAGAUUUACCACUGUUUGUGCCGUGCUAGUUUUCUGGAGUGAGGGAAAGCAGAUAGAGAACAAACAGUUCCAUCUUUCCCAAGAGGACCACACAAUUCUGAAGAACCCCAUGCAGUUGAAUUCUACCUCCAGUGUCUUUGAUGAGAUUUUGUCUUGAUGUUCUGAAUCAAUACAAGUAAAUGUUAGAGCUGUUGUGUUUGGUUUGGCAGUUGUAAACUUCACUUGUGUAGAUCUUGAUUGGCGAUGAAUGGUCUACUUAGCACUCACUUACACUAA